UAAAUAGAAAGAUAAGUGUAAAGUAUAAAAGGUUCAAUAAGAACAAAUCUUUUUUUCAAUAUUUAUUUCAUUUCAAAGGCGAAAGGUGUUAAAGAUUUCAAGUAGACCAAACGGUUCGCUAUCUGUGUUGCAUCGUGACAGAAGACGAGUGACCAGACCACGGGAGACGCGUUCCUCCACAAUAUCGAGGCGUUCCGAAAUUUAUCGAAAAAGUGCGCACGGAUCUUUCUAUCCGUGAACGUAUGAUCGGGCACGAAUUAGCACAAAUGCGUGCCGCUUACGAGAUGCAACGGCUCGUAUCAUAUUUUUACCGUGUGCGUUGUUGUGCGACGUGAUGCACUCGAUCGUGAACGUCCGUGAAGAGUGGCGCGCAACUGACCACGAGAUUCUAACCUAGGUCGAGCUCGCGUAUCCUUAGCGUAGCGUGGCGUGACGUGACGUGACGUGACGACGACUGCCGAGCAGUAACUGACAGAUAUCAGCUGUUCCAGUAAAUAUACCGCCGCGCACGGCAGCGAUGGACGGCGUCGAGGAUGCCGCGCUGGUCGCCGACCAGACCGCCGAGGAGAAUAUCAGCGAGUCGGACGAUGGCAGCGAGUAUUCGUCACGUAGUGACUACGACUACAAUUGGUAUGUAAUGUCCGAUUCGAUUCUCCUAAGCAUCUUCCAGUACCUGACACCAAGGGAGUUGAUGACCGCGGGCGAAGUAUGUCAAUCGUGGUACAGAGUGUCGCGUGACGAGUUCCUGUGGAAAUAUUUAUUUUAUCGGACAUACAAGAUAGAUCCGGACGUCGGCAUCGUGCCAGGAAAAACUUCUUGGUUGGGAGAAUUCAAACGUUUGGCAUAUCACACUCCGUUGAUAGAAACUGAAAUUCUUAAAGAACAUUCGCAUCAGGUUUUACACGUGAGUUUUUCUCAUAAUGGCAAAAUGUUUGCAACAUGUUCAAAAGAUGGAUAUAUUCUCGUAUGGCAAAGUCAGUAUCCUGUUACUAUAAAAUAUUCACAUGACAUGAAAACAUUUAGUUGGAAAUAUACACAAUUUUCUCAGUUUAAUUGUACAGAUACAUUACUUCUCGUCUCUGGUGUUCAUUUUGGUACACCUCAUAGUACUUCAGGAGAAAUAGCAGUAUUCAGAGUAGCCCCUGGGUUUGACCUCCAGUGUAGAGUAGUGAAUAAGCCAUAUGACAUAUUUGGUACAUGGUACAGUGAACGUUACCUUUUAAGUGGAAAUCUGCAUUGGUUAGCACAUUUGGUCAGUACCAGUGUAGUUUGGCUUAAUAAGGCAAAUCAGGAAUCAGCUAGCGAACAUGUGCCCAUUAUGACACAGCUCUUUAGGUUCUAUAAUGGAAAUGCUUCCUCGAUUAGAGCAAUAAUGGUUGCAAAUUGUCUAGCACCUGCUCCAGCUGAAUCCACUGAACAGCAAAACCAACCAUCUUCCUCGAAUACAAAGGAAGAAAAAGGAAAUCCACCAAGUCACAAGGAUUUGCUAUCACCUUCGGACGAGCCUAAUAGUUCGCAGGAUCAGGAAGAACCAAUAUACUACAUUACAUCAUCGAGAAUACAAUAUAGUAAAUUAGAAGGUGCAUUUUCGAAUUGGAGAAAACUUGGUGAUGGUUUUGAAUAUGCUAGUCCUAUACAGUACAACCAGGAGUAUAGGCAAGUUGAGAUGCAGAAGAAGACGCACGAAAGUGACAGCGAAAGUGAGAAUCCACAGUGGGAAGAGGAGAGCGAAUCUGGAGAAUCUUCAAUAAUCGAAGAAUGUGAUACAGACGAGUUAGCCAAUAAUCCCGAAAAACUUCUUAUUUUUACAACUGGCUCAAAGACGUAUACUCCGCAUAAAGUUGGCUUUAAAAGAAUCAAAUUGGUCACUUUCCCAAGAAGAUUGGAUCCAGGACCAUCACUGCGCGAGAGGAUAGCGCAGCGAGAGAGGGAGCGAGAAAGACAGAAUACUCCGUCGGUAGAAGAUUGGUUAAAUUAUGAAUCCGUGGCAGACAAAUUUGAUAAGAUAGAUCAUCUGAUUGAUCUACAUGGACACAUCAUUGGAAUGGGACUUUCUCCUGAUCAUAGAUAUCUUUAUGUAAAUACAAGGCCAUGGCCAAAAGGUUAUGUUAUUACCAAUCCUUUACAACCACCGCCAAUAGCACAAGAAAUUGACAUACAUGUAAUCGAUUUGGUGACUCUGAAGCAAGUUGGCACAAUGUUGAGAGCACAUAAAGCAUAUACGCCUAAUAAUGAAUGUUUCUUUAUAUUCCUUGAUGUAUGUAAUGAAUAUGUAGCAAGUGGUGCAGAAGAUAAACAUGGUUACUUAUGGGACAGACAUUAUGGAAUCUGCUUAGCAAAAUUUCCCCAUAGUGAUGUAGUCAAUUCAGUAGCUUUUAAUCCACGCGAUCCUGAAAUGUUAGUUACGACUAGCGAUGACUAUACAGUUAAAAUAUGGCGGAGUCGGGCAAUGGUAAAGACUUUAGGUUUAGAUGAAAAGUCCUAUCGCAGGGGGAUGGAAGUGCGAAAAAGACGUAUGUUUCAGAGAAGUGGUACUAAUAUUGACUGAUUAAAAACUAUUAAAUUUCCGAUUUAAACAUUUAUUUUUACAAGAUCUUAGAAGUAUAUUUUGCACUUAAGUUGUACUAUACAAAAUCGUCCAGAAUACUAUUAUUGCGUAAAAGCACAAAUAUGAUGAGAAUAUAUUUUUUGAUUAUCUGAGAUUAUGCAAAUGCAUACGCAGAAUUUCAUUUUUUGGUAAUAUAAUAUAGAAUCUCUCAUUAGAUAAGUAUCUCUAUUUUGAAGAAAAAAAAAAAAAAA